CUAUUCUAGACUGUCUAGAAGGAAAAACCUGUCUAUAACGAAAUCCAAAAUACGGUACGAACUGUGAUCAAAGGCGGCGAUGUCGCGUCGGCUGACACUUGGCCGUGUGCUGGAACCCCUUCUAUUGAGCGCCUCCGUGACUGUACCAUCGCAUUAUCCAUCCAAAGCUGAAUAUGUGCAUCAACUUAUCGACACGUACUACCUACCAGUCUUCUUGUGGGCAGAGAAGCAGCUACGUUCGCCGUGUCUUGUGCUCGGCCUCAGCUGUGUCCAGGGAGGGGGAAAGACCACCAUGUCUUCGUAUCUGGAGACCCUCUUUCGCGCCACUGGCAGGACGUGUGCGACCUUGUCGUUGGACGACGUGUACCUCCCACAUGCAGAUCAACUCAAGGUGGCCGCAUCCAACCCACACAACCCGCUUCUCGAACACCGCGGCAAUCCUGGAACGCACGACUUGAACCUUCUCAUGUCGUUGAUCGACGACGCCAGUGCAGGCCGCGAUGUGUUGGUGCCGCGGUACGACAAGUCAGCAUACAAUGGCCGAGGCGAUCGCUUCCCCAAGGAUAAGUGGGUACGCUAUCCAGGCCCCGUGGAUGUGUUGUUAAUCGAAGGGUGGUGCUUGGGCUUUGAAGCUUCACCUACCGAUCCGCCAGGACAUUUGAGACCUGUGAACCAAGCGUUGCGCGAGUUUGAUCGCGUCCACGCUGCCCUGUCUGCCCUGAUCGUCGUGCACGUUGACGAUGCGCGUUGGGUGUACACGUACGUUGGGUUCAACCCCGUUGGCUGCAUACAUACACAACAUAAUAUCAUGACGACAGGUGGCGAGAACAAGCCGAGGCUCAGAUGAGGGACCAGGGCGUGCCUGCCAUGACGAGUACGCAAGUAAGCGACUUUGUCGAUCGGUUUAUGCCAGCGUACGACCAGUACCUGCCUGCAUUGUACGCAACGGAUGGCCACAGCCUCGUCCACCGCGUGCCACGUCUGACCAUUGACAUUGACGUGGACCGCAAGUGUCGUGGGGUUGUGGCUCGCGAAUCAAUCGACCAAAGUGUGAACGCAACGGCCAAUUACUAGUACAUACCGUCUACUCGAGCUAAAUCAUCCUAAUGAUGACUCGUUGGUUGGGUUGAACCGCAC